AUGACCACCAUCGUCUGCAAGAGACUGCUGCAGCAGCGCGUUGCCCGCGCGCAUCGGGCGGUGGCCGACGGCUACCGUGGCUUUUCCUCCAGCGCGCCGUGGCUUGCAGGACACAACCGAUGGUCUCAGAUCAAACACGACAAAGCCAAGAAUGACAAGGCCAAGAGCAAUGAGCGGCAGGCCAUCGGCAAGGAAAUUAGCAACGCGACCCAGAUGUGGGGACCCGACGUGAAAUUCAACCCGCGCCUCACCCUCGCCCUCGCCAAUGCGAAGCGUGCCGGAAUCCCUAAAAAUGUUAUCGAGGCGGCAAUUGCCAGAGGGCAGGGUGUCAGUGUCACCGGUCAAGCUCUGGAGUCGAUGACGUUUGAGGCCAUUCUGCCCCAUUCCGUUGCGGCGGUGAUUGAAUGUCAGACCGACUCGAAAGCCCGCACCCUGCAAGAUAUCCGCCAUACUAUCAAGAAUGUCGGUGGGACGGUCACGCCGACGAUGUACCUGUUUGAGAAGAAGGGUCGAGUCGUUUUCGAAAAGAAGGAUGACUUAGAUCCGGACAGCUACAUGGACCAGGCUAUCGAAGCGGGCGCGACGGACAUCACGGCAGAUGAGCAAGGUCGGCUUGUUAUUUUCACAGAAUUUGCAGAAACCAAGGCCGUGGGAGAAGCCCUCGGGAAGAUGAUCGGGCUCGCUGUCGAGGAGCUGGAAAUUAUCUGGGAGCCCAACAAGGACACCUUGGUGGAUAUCACCGAGGAGGAGCAAGUGAGAGAGCUGGAACACAUCAUCGGCCUCUUCCGAGAAGACUCAAGCCUGCGUGACAUCUACUUGAAUACAAUCCAGAAGUUUUGAGAAGCCCUCAAUUCUUGCUGGGCCAAGUCAACUUGAUGGUAUUUCUUCGCAAGACUAGAACUACGCCUUCCCACAACAGACUGGGAGCAUCAACUGUUUUCUCUGAGGCGCAAUGAUACCCCCCUUGUAUACUACUAUAGACCAUAUAGAUCAUUGAAAGUGUAACAUAUAUGC